AUGCCACAAGGCCAACCACAGAUCUGUGGCGCCACUUUGUAUUCCAUCGAAACCGUCAUUCUCUCUUCCAUACUCUGUCUUUCCACAUAUCUCGUCAUCAUGGACUUCAUUUCCAACAUCAUAUCCAACAGCGUCGCUGGCUUUGUCGACGCCGGCACUCGCGCAGCUGGUGGAUUCGCAGGUGAUGCAUUGAUCAAAGCAGGGGAUAUCAUUGAGAACACUGGACGCGGCGUUGGAACGAGUGUAGAAGCCGCUGCGACAAGCUACGGCACUAAGAUCGCAGGCCAGGGUGCUGUCAACAGCGUCAAGGGCAGCACACCUAAGAAGGCGAUAACCGCUGGAAAGCCCGCCGGUGCGCAACGAUCUUACUCAAGUCCUGCGUCUACAUCCACGAAAAAGACAGCAACGCCGAUUGGAGCAAAUAAGUACCCUGGCGGGAAGAUUGGUGGAACUCCCAUCGGCGCAAACAAGAAGCACCCAGGCGGCAAGACUGGGCCGACUCCUAUCGGCGCAAACAAGCACCCAGGCGGCAAGAUUGGGCCGACUCCUAUCGGCGCAAACAAGUACCCAGGCGGAACAAACAAGUCUCUACCUACAGUUAAGCCAGCUGCGACGAAGAAGCCUGCGUUGGCGGGUGCACCCAAGCCAUAUCCAAGCUCGAGCUCCAAGCCCGAUGCCUCAAAGCCGAAGCCUUAUCCAGGCACAACUACCUAUCCAUCCAAGAAGCCUUCUGGCGGAGCUUCCGCAUCGAAGGAGGCGGACAAACCAUACCCGGGAACGAGCACAAUACCAGGGUCGGGAAAGAAGACAGCAGUAAAGGCGGGAAAGCCUAAGCCGUUGGCGUCGUCUUAUACGCCGCCGAGCAAGGCCGGGGACAAGUUCAGUAGGCACUUGCCUGAGAUAAAAGUCUGA